AUGUCCGCGCCGCAGCAGAUGUACCAGGCCAGUGAUGGGAAGUGGUAUCCCGUCUCGUCGAUGCCGCAAGGCCACCAGCAGAGCUACGGCGGUGGUUACGGCGGCGGCGGCUACGGCCAGCAGGGCGGCAUGCAGUACGGACAGCAGCAGCAGCCCAUCUACGUCCAGCAGGGCCACAGCGGUGGCGGCGGUGCCGGAGCGGGUGGUGCGGGAUGCCUUGGUGAGUAA